CUGGCGAGCCGGUCGGGCCAGUGCCAGCCAGUGCCGCUCCACCCCUCUUCUCGAGCACAUCACGGACGUCCCCCGCCGCGGCCCGUCCCGGUUCGCCCGCGCUACUGCAACACGGUGCCCGUCCGCCCGUACUACUAGCCCAGCCCGCGCGUCGCGGCUUUCCGCACGUCCUUGUUUCUUUGCGGAAAAGCAAGAACGCUUCUCGUUCGUUUGCGCCGGGUGCUCGGGGGUCGUCGUCGUUUCGGCGACAAGUGAGCGCGCAGUGAGUGAGUGAGUGGUUGUUUACCUUGCGCGGCCUAUCGCGGUAGCCUCGCGCAGGGCCGCCGUGUGGUGAUCGCCGUGCUAUCUGUGGUGCAAGCCCCGCUGUCACUGUCGUGCCGCCCGCCACGCCCCUCGCCGCCACGCCCCGCCACGCCGCUCUCUUUGGAUAUGUGCCGCCGCCCCCGGUGCCGCCCCCCGCCGCCAACGGCAGCAGCAGCUCCGCCGCCGCCGCCGCCGCCCCUGGCGCGCCACUGACCAGGGCCACCACGCUCUCGAGCACCACGAGGCGCCACGCCGCAGCACGCCCGGUCGCCAGCGUGACCACCAAGCUGGGUAAGUCCGUGCGAUUGUGGGAAUCUCCCGGGCGCAUCCGGGGAGGACGAGGGUUGGGGGAGCGAUGGCGACCCUGGAGCGGCUGCAUCAGCAGCAGCAGCAGCCGCCGCCGCCGCAGCCAAGUCGGAGGGCGAGGUGGCGGAGUCCUCCGGCGACAAGGAGGGCCCGAUGGAGGCCGUCAAGCAGGAAGCCCCCGCCAGCCCCCAGGACAACGAGGACGACGGCGAUGAGGCCGCCGCCGCCUCCUCCCCCCGUGACAGCCCCGCGACCAGCCCGGGGGGAGGCAGCCCGCGCGGCAGCCAACAGCACAGCCCGCCGGUGACCCUGCCCGCGCGCAGCCGCAGCUGCAGCCCCGCGGACAGCCCGCAGCCGCCCGCCAGGUUGGUGGACCUCGCGGACGACAAGGACGGCGGCGGCAAGGAGAGCGACAAGGAUAGACCCGCGGGGGAUGCCGUCGGCGCUGACCGCGGGCGCGCGGGCACGACGGCGACGUCCGCGGCGGCGGCAGCGGGAGGCCCGCGGCUGCGACUCAACCCCAGCCUGGCGACGGACCCGGCGGCCGGCGCGGCGGCGCUGCCCUCUGGCGGCGCGCGGAGGGACUUCCUGGCCGCGCUGCCCGCCUUCCACUCUGCAG